AAUGGGACUUUGUGUUGUUCUGCAGGCUUUGAAGCGAGAAACGCCAAGAUGUCGGAAAAAAAGAUGUCGUCGAGUCGCAAGCAUCACCUGAAGAGUCUGAUGCUGUCCAUCGCCAAAGUGUUGCUGGAGGAGGAGGAGAGGGAGCAGCAGGAGGAGCGCGAGCGCUACAUGGCAGAGAGCUGUCCCCCCGUGUCCAUGCCGAGGAGCAUGCAGGAGCUGCAGGAUCUUUGCCGGGAGAUCAACCACAAGAUCGAUUCGAUCGACGAGGAGCGGUACGACCUGGACAUGAAGGUCAAUAAAUCCAACAAAGAGAUUGACGACCUCAAAAUCAAAGUUCAGGACCUGAUGGGUAAGUUCAAGAAGCCGGUCCUGAGGAAGGUCCGCAUGUCGGCCGACGCCAUGCUGAAGGCCCUGUUGGGCUCCAAGCACACGGUCAACUUGGAGCUGAGGGCCAACCUGAAGCAGGUCAAGAAGGAGGUCAAGGAGGAGGACAAAGAACUGCGAGAUGUCGGAGACUGGCGUAAAAACAUUGAAGACAAAGCCGGCAUGGACGGGAGGAAGAAGAUGUUUGAGGCCGAGGCUUAAGUUACUUACAGCUUGUUUCAGAUGGCACAAAUACAUUAAAUAAGAAUAAUAAUAAUACAACUGUUAUAAUAAAACAAAUUGAAGGUU